GCCCGGGCGGCGGCGCCAGCGCCGGCAUGUCGUCCGGCACCAUGAAGUUCAAUGGCUAUUUGAGGGUCCGCAUCGGCGAGGCCGUGGGGUUGCAGCCCACCCGCUGGUCCUUGCGCCACUCGCUCUUCAAGAAGGGACACCAGCUGCUGGACCCCUACCUGACGGUCAGCGUGGACCAGGUGCGCGUGGGCCAGACGAGCACCAAGCAGAAGACCAACAAACCCACCUACAACGAGGAGUUCUGCGCCAACGUCACCGACGGCGGCUCCCUGGAGCUGGCCGUCUUCCACGAGACGCCCCUGGGCUACGACCACUUCGUGGCCAACUGCACCCUGCAGUUCCAGGAGCUGUUACGCACGGCCGGCACCUCGGACACCUUCGAGGGCUGGGUGGAUCUGGAACCAGAAGGGAAAGUGUUUGUGGUAAUAACUCUGACUGGGAGUUUCACUGAAGCCACUCUCCAGAGAGACCGAAUCUUCAAACAUUUUACCAGGAAGCGCCAAAGGGCUAUGCGAAGGAGAGUCCACCAGAUCAACGGACACAAGUUUAUGGCCACCUACUUGAGGCAGCCAACCUACUGCUCUCACUGCAGAGAGUUUAUCUGGGGAGUAUUUGGGAAGCAAGGCUAUCAAUGCCAAGUGUGCACCUGCGUCGUCCAUAAACGCUGCCAUCAUCUAAUUGUUACAGCCUGCACUUGCCAAAACAACAUUAACAAAGUGGAUUCAAAGAUUGCUGAACAGAGAUUUGGAAUCAACAUUCCACACAAGUUCAACAUCCACAACUACAAAGUGCCCACGUUCUGCGAUCACUGUGGCUCCCUGCUCUGGGGAAUCAUGCGACAAGGACUUCAGUGUAAAAUAUGUAAAAUGAAUGUACAUAUUCGAUGUCAAGCCAACGUGGCCCCUAACUGUGGUGUAAAUGCGGUGGAGCUUGCCAAGACCCUGGCAGGAAUGGGUCUCCAACCUGGAAAUAUUUCCCCAACUUCGAAACUCGUUUCCAGAUCAACCCUAAGGCGGCAGGGGAAGGAGGGUACCAAAGAAGGAAAUGGGGUCGGAGUGAAUUCUUCCAGCCGGCUGGGCAUCCACAACUUUGACUUCAUCCGGGUGUUAGGGAAGGGGAGUUUUGGGAAGGUGAUGCUCGCUAGGAUAAAGGACACGGGAGAGCUCUAUGCUGUGAAGGUGUUGAAGAAGGACGUGAUCCUGCAGGAUGAUGAUGUGGAGUGCACCAUGACGGAGAAGAGGAUCCUGUCCCUGGCCCGCAACCACCCCUUCCUCACCCAGUUAUUCUGCUGCUUCCAGACCCCCGAUCGCCUGUUUUUUGUGAUGGAGUUUGUGAAUGGAGGUGACCUGAUGUUCCACAUUCAGAAGUCCCGUCGCUUCGAUGAGGCCCGCGCUCGCUUCUACGCGGCAGAGAUCAUUUCGGCGCUUAUGUUCCUGCAUGAGAAGGGCAUCAUCUACCGCGAUCUGAAGCUGGACAAUGUGCUGUUGGAUCAUGAAGGUCACUGUAAGCUGGCAGACUUUGGGAUGUGUAAGGAGGGGAUUUGUAAUGGAGUCACCACAGCCACGUUCUGUGGCACACCUGACUACAUUGCUCCAGAGAUGGAGAACGUAAGAAGCACAGAGAACUUGUGCCUCCCCAGAGGCCAGGAAGCACAUUGCUUAAGUGAAGUGGAACCUCUGUGCCCUGCUGAUGAGGAGGUAGAGGAAAUCACUGUAAGAUUUCAGAGACAGGAUGCAUAUUUCCAAGAACUGAAGCUCUUAGUUCUAUCCUAUUGGAGUGUUGGGGAACCAGUGAAGCAUGAACUGAAAGCACAUGAACUUGGAAAGACCCAGAUGUUUGAAAGUGGGGUCAACAUGGCAGCUGAUCGACUGGGUCUGGAAUUUGGAUAG